AUAUUAACUGCAGGAGCUCCCCUCUCCGGCUCAGACAGCUGUGGCUGGGCAGUCGGAGCAGCAAACAUGUUGGUCGGUGUGUUCCCUGCCUGCAUGCGGGCUCAGAGCUGGGCUAGGCCUCUCUGUAGAAGCCUCAGUCAGCCCUCUAAGCAGCACGAUCUGAACAUUGCUGGGAUUUACCCGCCCAUCUCAACUCCUUUUAAUAAAAGCGGGGAGGUAGAUUAUGACAGGCUGAGAGAAAACCUUCGCAAAUACUGCAAUAUCCCUUUCCGUGGAUUCGUAGUCCAAGGAUCAAAUGGUGAAUAUGCUUACUUGACUAGGGAGGAAAGACUGGAAGUAGUACGCAGAGUUCGACAGGAAGUGCCAAGGGAGAAGCUUCUUAUCGCUGGUUCAGGAUGUGAAUCUACUCAAGCUACAAUUGAGAUGACUCUAGAAAUGGCUGAAUCUGGAGCAGACGCAGUCCUUGUGGUGACACCAUCAUAUUAUCGUGGCAGAAUGACCAGUACUGCUCUUAUUCAUCACUUCACUAAGGUGGCAGAUUCGUCGCCUGUUCCGGUGGUUUUAUACAGUGUGCCAGCAAACACUGGGCUGGAUCUACCCGUUGAGGCUGUAGUUUCUCUGGCUAAACACCCUAACAUUAUCGGUCUCAAGGACAGUGGAGGAGAUAUUACUCGUAUAGGUCUCAUCAUUCAUAAGACCCAGCGACUAGGAUUUAAAGUACUGUCUGGGUCGGCCGGCUUCCUGCUGGCAGGAUAUUCUGUAGGUGCAGUUGGAGGCGUAUGUGCACUUGCUAAUGUCUUGGGAGCACAGGUGUGUGAACUGGAAAGGCUCUGUCUGAAUUCUCAGUGGCAAGAAGCAAAACAAUUACAGCAUCGGCUCAUAGAACCUAAUGCUGCUGUGACACGCAAGUAUGGAAUUCCUGGCUUGAAGCGGGCCAUGGACUGGUUUGGUUAUUAUGGAGGACCGUGCCGUUCUCCUCUUCUCCCACUAAAUGAACAAGAGUUAAAGGAAUUAAGGGAUGAUUUUGCAAUGAAUGGCUGGCUUUGGAAGUAGGAAUAAAGUUGACACGUUGUUAAACCCCUCA